AUGGCAGAAGAUCCGCCUAAAUUGUCGUCGCCACACUCGGCCCAGGCAACUAUCCCUGCCGUCGAUGGAAGCACGGAUCAGCCCUCCAACACCGCAGCAGGACUACCACCAGACCCGCCCUCGCAACCUGCACAAGAUGGCGGAGGUGACACGAUAAUGACUUCGCCCACUGCGCCCAGAACAGCUGCUCCUGCAACGGCGUCUGCUCUUCCAAUCACUACAAGCGGGCCAGUACCCCUCGACUCACCCUUACGCACCACGCCAAUCCAUCCCUCGCUACCGUCAGUGAAGGUCCCCGAGGCUGCCCUGACAAGCGCCGCGCCGAACACGAAUCCCAUAACGCUGCAGCCGUUCACGGAAGCCGAGCUGACAAAGUACGGGUUCGAAAAGCUACGGACGCAGAUAUUGGGUGCUGCUGCCAUGGCAGCGGCCAUGGACAAGACCAUCCCCCGUCCGACUGCUGCGAAUGGAGGAGGAAUGGAUGAGAAGGAAAGGGAGGAGAUAUCGCGCGUCCGCGACGAAACGGCGGCGCUGUUAAAGCAGAAACUCGACGAAAGGGAGGCCAGGGUCCGCGAGAUCGAGCGCGAAAUGGAAGAGAAGGAGAAGAUUCGCGAGGUGGAGAGGAAGGUGUUUAGGAAGAAACUGGCGGGUGCAGGGAGGGGGGUGUGA